GCACUGAGGAGCUGCGAGCAUGGCUCACUCUAAAGCUCGAGCUGCCGACGCGAAGGUCACCUACCCCCCCGGGGUCAAGGAGAUCUCCGACAAGAUCUCCAAGGAGGAGAUGGUCCGCCGCCUCAAGAUGGUGGUGAAGACCUUCAUGGACAUGGACCAGGACUCGGAGGAGGAGAAGGAGCUGUACCUGAACCUGGCGCUGCACCUGGCCUCGGACUUCUUCCUCAAGCACCCGGACAAGGACGUCCGCCUGCUGGUGGCGUGCUGCCUGGCGGACAUCUUCCGGAUCUACGCCCCCGAAGCGCCCUACACCUCCCCCGACAAGCUCAAGGUGGGGACGGCGGGAGGGGGGGACGGCGGGGGGGGGUCUGUGUCACUGCAGAGCAACGACAACGAUGAGCGGCUACAGGUGGUGAGGCUGCUGGCUAAGAUGUUCGGAGCCAAAGACUCGGAGCUGGCUGGACAGAACAAGCCACUCUGGCAGUGCUACCUUGGCAGGUUUAACGACAUCCACGUCCCCAUCCGGCUGGAGUGUGUGAAGUUCGCCAGCCACUGCCUCAUGAACCACCCCGACCUGGCCAAGGACCUGACCGAGUUCCUGAAGGUCAGAUCCCACGACCCCGAGGAGGCCAUACGCCACGACGUCAUCGUCUCCAUAGUGACGGCCGCCAAGAAGGACCUGGCGCUGGUGAACGACGCGCUGCUCAACUUCGUGAAGGAGAGGACCCUGGACAAGAGGUGGCGCGUGCGUAAGGAGGCCAUGAUGGGCCUGGCCUCCAUCUACAAGAAGUACUCCCUGCAGGGGGAGGGCGGGCGCGACGCCUCCAAGCAGAUCUCCUGGAUCAAAGACAAGCUGCUGCACAUAUACUACCAGAACAGCAUCGACGACAGGCUGCUGGUAGAGCGGAUCUUCGCCCAGUACAUGGUCCCCCACAACCUGGAGACCUCCGAGAGGAUGAAGUGUCUCUACUACCUGUACGCCACGCUGGACCCCAACGCCGUCAAAGCUCUGAACGAGAUGUGGAAGUGCCAGAACAUGUUGCGACACAACGUCAAAGACCUGCUAGACCUGGUCAAACAGCCCAAGUCUGACGCCUCCAGCAAAGCAGUGUUUGCUAAAGUCAUGGUGAUCACCAGGAAUCUGCCAGACCCCGGCAAGGCCCAGGACUUUGUCAAGAAGCUGGCCCAGGUCCUGGAGGAGGACGAGCGUAUCCGAGACCAACUCGAGACCCUGGUCAGCCCGGCCUGCUCCUGCAAACAGGCUGAAGUCUGUGUGAGGGACAUCACCAAGAAGAUCGGCAGUCCCAAGCAGCCCAGCAACCCCUUCCUGGAGAUGGUCAAGUUCCUGCUGGAGAGAAUAGCCCCCGUACACAUCGACACGGAGUCUAUAAGUGCCCUGGUAAAGCAGGUCAACAAGUCGAUAGACGGCACCGCGGACGACGAAGAGGAGGGAGUCCCCACAGAUGAAGCCAUCAGGGCAGGGCUGGAGCUUCUCAAGGUGCUGUCGUUCACCCACCCGGUGUCGUUCCACUCGGCGGAGACGUUCGAGUCCCUGCUGGGCUGCCUCAAGAUGGACGACGAGAAGGUGGCCGAAGCGGCGCUGCAGAUCUUCAAGAACACGGGCAGCAAGAUGGAGGAGAGCUUCCCUCACAUCAAGUCUGUCCUGCUGCCGGUACUGCAGGCCAAAGCCAAGCGGGGGCCCCCUCGCCAGGCCAAGUACGCCAUCCACUGCAUCCACGCCAUGUUCGUCAACAGAGACACGCACUUCGCCCAGAUCUUCGAGCCCCUGCACAAGGGUCUGGACCCGGCAAACCUGGAGCAGCUGAUCACGCCCCUGACCACGCUAGGCCACCUGGCGCUGCUCGCCCCCGAGCAGUUCGCCGCCCCGCUCAAGUCCCUGGUGGCCAACUUCAUCGUCAAGGACCUGCUCAUGAACGACCGGAUCGCUGGCAAGAAGACCACCAAGCUGUGGGUGGCGGACGACGAGGUGUCUGCGGAAACCAUGGCCAAGAUCCAGGGCAUUAAGCUGAUGGUGCGGUGGCUGCUUGGGGUGAAGAACAACCAGAGCAAGUCGGGGAACUCCACCCUGAGGAUGCUGACCGCCAUCCUGCACAGCGACGGAGACCUGACGGAGCAGGGCAAGAUGGGGAAACCAGACAUGUCGAGGCUGCGUCUGGCGGCGGCGUGCGCCUUGCUGAAGCUGGCCCAGGAGCCGUGCUACCACGAGAUCAUCACCCUGGAGCAGUACCAGCUGUGUGCGCUGGUCAUCAACGACGAGUGCUACCAGGUGCGUCAGUGCUACUCCCAGAAGCUUCACCGGGGGCUGUGCCGGCUGCGGCUGCCCCUGGAGUACCUGGCCGUGUUCGCCCUCUGCGCCAAGGACCCCGUGAAGGAGCGGCGCGCCCACGCCCGCCAGUGCCUGGUGAAGAACGUCAACAUCCGCCGCGAGUACCUCAAGCAGCACGCCGCCGUCAGCGAGAAGCUGUUCUCUCUGCUGCCCGAGUACGUGGUUCCCUACGCCAUCCACCUGCUGGUCCACGACCCGGACUACGUCAAGGUCCAGGACCUCGAGCAGCUGAAGGAGAUCAAAGAGUCUCUGUGGUUCGUGCUGGAGAUCAUCAUGGCCAAGAGCGAGAACAACAGCCACGCCUUCAUCCGCAAGAUGGUGGAGAACAUCAAGCAGACCAAGGACGCCCAGGCACCCGCCGACGCCAAGAUCAACGAGAAACUGUACACGGUGUGCGACGUGGCCAUGAACAUCAUCAUGUCCAAGAGCACCACCUACAGCCUGGAGUCGCCCAAAGACCCCGUCCUGCCCUCGCGCUACUUCACCAAGCCCGACAAGAACUUCAGCAACGCGAAGAACUACCUCCCGCCGGAGAUGAAGUCCUUCUUCACCCCCGGGAAGGUAUGAUCCCCCCGGAGGCUUUCCGCAAUCUUUAUACCUCUUUACAUUUUAUUGAUUAAUACCUUUUUCAUAAUCUUUUUAAUGCAUUUUG